GGACUUCAAUGCAAUAGUCUUACUUGUGCGUGCGCAUUAUAACCACGCCACCGAAGCGACCACAAUUCGCUCAAAACGCUAGUGACCGCAAGCAGUAUGGCACCGCUUCCGUUCUACACUUUGUUGUUAUUAAUUUAUACAAACUUACAUUAUGGAAGUGCUUUAAAUAAUUACGAAGAUCAGUUUCAUAUUUGUAAAGAAAAACUAUGCGUGCCAAAAUGUUGUCCCCAUGGCCAAUACGUUCACAAAACGAAGUCAUGUAAGAAAUACACGUAUGACAAUUAUACUUUGGAUUUUUCCGACAUGCCAGUGUACAAUGAAGAUAGAACAAGAAUAGUAUCGAACGUGAAUCGCAGUAUGAUACUUAUACCGGCCAAGUUCGACAACAGCACGUUCAAGGAAAUAGCGGCCGAUGUUGCUCGCAUACCUAUCUUCAACUUGUUUCUCACUGAGAAAGGUAUAUACUACAUAGAGACACCGAACGCUUAUGUAAGAUGGCAAAUCUUCGACAGAAGGUUUUUUUGCGUAGAUUAUCAACUCCGCGUCAAAAAAAUGUACUUAAGACCGUUACCUCGGGUAUGGGUCUAUGCUGUAGAGGAAGACACAGCUAAAGCGAAUACUUAUUUAACAAGCGCCAUCCUGGUAUCAUGCUUCUUCCUGGUGCUGGUAAUGAUAGUAUACGCACUUCUGCCAGAUCUCAGAAAUCUUUGUGGCUUGAUACUUAUGGCUUAUGUGUUCAGUCUGUUUUGGGCUUUUCUUCUGCUUGCUGUGAUUCAAAUCAAGAAACAUGAAACUGAGAUCUGCCUUGGUUUAACAUUUUCAAUAUACUAUUUCUUCUUAGCGACCUUCUGUUGGAUGAGUGUCAUGUCGUACGACAUUUGGUGGACGUUUAGAGGAUACGCGAAAGCUAGGCCCAUCCACCGUCGCGGUGAAAACUUUAAGUUCCUAAUGUAUUGUCUGUAUGCAUUCGGGGUGCCACUCGCCAUGACUAUCGGACUUUACGUUAUGAACUACGUAGAUCUUACUCAUAUGCCCUGGAUCGUCACUCCAUUACUUACUCGACACGGAUGCUUCAUCGAAGGUGGUGAAAAACUCCUGUACUUAUAUAUGCCGAUGAUGAUCUUGAUCCUAAGCAAUUGGAUCUUUUACCUGAUGACCGCUUUUAACGUGUGGAGGCUCAGUCGCGGGACUGCUGUCCUGGAUUCAGCGGCUGCCGGCAAUCCUGCAGCCCAUCGUACUCAUUGGAACAGGUUCAUGGUGUAUUUGAAGCUGUCGGUAGUGAUGGGACUCAACUGGGUGUUCGAGGUUUUGAGUUUUUUGAAACCCGAGUUCCGCGUGUGGUACAUCACUGACGCCUACAACAUCCUCAUAGGAUUCGCGAUAUUCCUCAUCUUCGUUUGCAAGAAGAAAAUAUUGAGGAAACUCAAGAAACGAUUCGGCCUCACAUCUAGAAAACUUAAUAAAUGGGACCCGUCAAACAGGAGUACGUCUAGUACCAGCUCGGAGUGCGCAAGUCAAGAAACGUCGGUCCCAGUCAUCUGUGUCAAUCCUAAAGGGCCUGAAUAUCAAGUGAAAAUAUGAUGCUGAGAUGAUGCAUCAUCAUCUCAGCCACAGGAAGUCCACUGCUGAACAUAGGCCUCCCGCAAGGAUCUCCACGUCGACCUGUUUGAAGCGGCCUGCAUCCAGCGACUUCCUGCGACAUUAGCCAGGUCGUCCGUCCACCUUGUAGGCGAGCGUUCGACAUUUCGCUUGCCUGUACAUGGCCUCCACUCUAGAUCCUUUCGACCUCAACUGCCAUCGGUUCUUCGAGCAACAGUAUUGAAUUUAUAAUAAUGGCUUCUAGAAUUUAUACGCUCGAAUAAACAACAAUGUCACACGCACCUCUAAAAAGUAAAAAAGUGUACAGGCGUAUCGGUUUCCUUAUAUCUAGGUGUACUGACGAAGAAUUGAUUUAUAUCAUAGACUUAAACAAUUCCAGAGGAGUUUUGGUUACCGGCCUAGAGUAGAUUACGUUAUUUUUUUUUAUUUUACUGUGCAAUAAGCAGUCAUGUACAUUUAUUUUACAUUUAUAAGAACCUAAGCUACUUAUACUAAUUGUUGUGACCCCCGGGAUGGACGGUAGCAUGGGAAGUAGACCUCAUGCUGCCGCUGAUGCUGAGAGCGUCCUUCGGUUGCGUGGGGGCUUUUGAGACCUCCACCCCCCCUCAUAAGAGACGGGCUAUACCAGGUGGCACCGCGCUGGGGCGGCUGCGGAUGACGGCUUAGACACUUUCGUUAGAAGAAGCCCGUUGCCAUUCCUAAUGCGCCGAAGAGGGCCACCACGGAUUUUAGUUGGUAUGUCGUGCGUUGUAUAUAGGUUAGGGACUCGACCUGGCGGUCGCCUGAAUAUCAUCAUGAAAUCCGGGCGGCUCAACGGCGGGUCGUAAGGCACGGUGACCCCAACAUAUCCGCCCAGUCGCCCCCCAUGAAGGCAGGGCGGUAGUCAUAAGCACUUUCUCCGCGAAAUCAAAAAAAAAAGUAUAGAAAUAUAAAUCGAAUGAUACUGACCUCUAAUGCUGAAAAGAAGUUAACGUGAAUUACAAUAGUUUAAUUCUCCGUGAACAACAUAAAAAUAAUUUAUUGAGGGUAUAAUAAUAUUAACUUAUGAAAGAGGACUGAUCUGAACUGAUCGCGUUCAAGAGUUUCCUGAGUUAUUUUAAUUGUAUUUAUUUAGUUAAUCACCUGCUUUACAUCCGCUGACAGAGCUGAUAAACAACUUUUUGUCUUGGGCGAAAUCUUUUAGCGUAAACAUGAUUUCAGAACGAAAAUUAGAAAGAGUUUCUGUGUAUUCAUUGUCCAUUUUUUUUUCUCUUACGCAUGGUGACCGAGGAAUUUGCAUCCCGAUCAUGUACUUUUGAUAAAUCCGGCUGAGAUCCACUAUCAUAUGGAGGCGUCCUCAUCUGAUUCAUGGUGACAGAUGUUGCGAAGAUAUGAGAAAUAAUUAGUCGGGUGGGUACCUACGAGAAAAAAAAAUAACUGUUGAGAGUAUCACCAUAUUUUGCAAUUAAUGUCUAUGUUAGAAAGAGACGAAAAAUUGCAAUUGUCUUUAUCACUCCAGAGUUGUGACCCUAGUCACUGUCCUUAUACGAUCGUCGAUCACUUAUACAAAUUGCGACCUUAUGACUCUCUCUUUAGAAAUUAGUAUUGUUUACACUAAUUACGAUAGAGCGGAGUAAUUAUAAAAAAAAAAUUGCGCCCGUCUGUUCAAGUUCACGGAUAGCAAUCGAGUUCUAUGUUAUUUACUUGACUUUACUACUACUUAUUACUUUUACUUUACUACUACUAUUAACUAAGAUAGACUUUUUCUUGCACGAAUCAGUAUUCACAAAACUUUCGAUGAGUUUUGUACUUAAUUUUGUAAAUAUACAUAUUCGAUAAGCUUUAUAUUAUAAUGUUAGUGUUACGAUCGAUAGUUUGAAAAAUGUUCGAAUAGAUUAGGUAUAAGGUCUUAUAUUGGAUCUUAGGAUAAGUAAAUCGUUGUUAUAAUGUAUGUAAUAAUGAUGCUCAUCUAGCUUUCUUGCUUGGCUAAUUAUAGCUCACUUUAUCAACAUAAUCUGGUCAUAUGUCAUGUAUUUCCAUGUUUAACUUUUGCGAAUUACACAUUGGGAACUUUUACAUAAAGAUUCAGUAACAUCACCGAGUACAGAAUUAUUCCUUAUAUUUCUGGUUAUAAAAUUGUCGACAAAUUAGUUUAAACUUAAAUCUUGCGAGUAAGAUAAGUAUUAAAUUCUUAAGCCAGCUGCUCACUGCCGUGUCAAUAUCAAUACGCAAUUACGUGUGAAAGUGCCCUAAUUAAGAUUUUAGUAAAUAAUUUUCAUAUAAAUAUAAAUUGUUCGCGAUGAAAAGACCUCGCUACAAAGGUCCCUGAAACACUGAAUUGCGAUUCGCAGCGGCACUUGUAAGAUACUAGCGCCAUCUAUUUAACAGUCAGUAUUUUUUUGGUAUCUGGCCCCACAGUCAACACUGGGGGAAACUCGCGAAUGGGUUCCUGGAAUCCCCCGGCUUAGCGACUGCAGGGUCCUGGAGGAAAGUUGGGAGGAAUUGGGAAGGAAGUGUGGGCGAAGGAUAAGGAAACCUCUUAGGGUGGGAGGAGAGGAGAAGGCUAGGAUAUAUAACUGUAACUGUUUUCCGAAACUUAUAAGUCUUUACUAUUAUACUUAUAAUUUGCUCAUUGUUUUUAAAUAUCAUAAAGUCCCCAUCCUCUUUUUCUUGAAACUAAUUAAAAUUUAAUGUAGUUGCUAUUUUUAUUUGUAAAAAAAAGUACGUUUUAAUGGUUUAUGUAUAGUUAAUAUUAAUACUGGUGUUAUUAUUUUUUUGUCAAUGCAUGCUGUGACACCUUAAAAUUUUAUGCAUUUAAGCCUAUUAUUACUGAUAUAUGUUAUUGGAGCUAGUUAUAAUGUAACAACUACUGGUUUUCCUAAUUAUAAAUAAAUAAAUAAAACUGGAAACCAUGAGGUACCUAUACACACUGCGUGCCUAGGGCCUCGACAAAUGUCCCUCAGUACAUAAGCGUGCAUUGGGUGUGGAGACCGACACGAAUUACCUUGGGAUAACAGUCAGAUUCUCAAAUUAUAUUAUUUCCCAUUUUAUUUAUUGGAAAGCUAUUUGUUAAAAAAAAAAGCGGCGAUAGCCUAGUUGGAACGGUCUGCCAAGAGGAAUGUCCGCAGGUUCAAAUCCCAAGGGCACACACCUCUGACUUUUCUAAAAAAAAAUCAUGUGUAUAUUCUUUGUGAAUUUAUCGUUCGCUUUAACGGUGAAGGAAAAACAUCGUGAGGAAACCUGCAUAUCCGAGAAGUUCUCUAUAGGAAUUUCGAAGGUGUGUGAAGUCUACCAAUCCGCACUAGGCCAGCGUGGUGGACUAAGGCCUAAUCCCUCUCAGUAGUAGAGGAGGCCCGUGCUCAGCAGUGGGCAAGUAUAUAAUACAGGGCUGAUAUUAUUAUUAUUAUUUGUUAGAGGUAAUCUCAGAAAAUAUUAAACGGAUUAAGAUGAUACUUGGCACACAUGGUCUACCUAUGUCCUGGAUUAACAUACAGGCCCCUAUUUGUAUUUUGGGUGCCAAUUAUUGGGAUAAAAAGUCUAUGUUGUAAGGACAUGGUCAUCCCGUAUGUCAAAUUUCAUCGAAAGCCGUUUAACAAUUUCUGAGUUUACUUCUAAUAAACAGACAAAUUUUUUUACAAGGUUCGUAUUUAUAAGUAAGAUAUAAGAUAACACGUACGAUACUACGAAGUAAGGUAAAUGAAUAAAUAAAUAAGAUUUAUUAACUUUGAAAACACAAUGUUUCAUACCAGUUAAAUAAAUUCCAUUAUGAAU